UUGAGACGAGCCGGUGCCCUCUAUGCAGACAGAACAUGCUCCUUUCAAAGAACUCAAGGAAGCUGCAGGAAGGCAAUGAGAAAAUGUGUUGACCAGAACGGACAGAAGCAGCCAGACAACAAUGGAGAACAACACAGGCAAUGGACAGAACGAGACAGAAGUUCUGCCAAAUCUGGAGGUGGUCACUACUGAAUACCAAGUGGUCACUAUCUUUUUGGUUCUCCUUAUUUGUGGGUUAGGCAUUGUGGGCAACAUCAUGGUGGUAUUGGUGGUACUUAGGACAAAGCACAUGAGGACCCCCACUAAUUGUUACCUGGUCAGCCUUGCAGUAGCUGAUCUCAUGGUCCUUGUGGCUGCUGGACUACCCAACAUUACUGAAAGCAUUUAUGGAUUCUGGGUUUAUGGCUACAUUGGAUGCCUCUGCAUUACUUACCUCCAAUAUCUUGGUAUCAAUGCUUCUUCUUGCUCUAUUACUGCCUUCACUAUUGAGAGGUACAUUGCCAUUUGCCAUCCCAUCAAAGCUCAGUUUCUAUGCACUUUCUCCAGAGCCAAAAAAAUCAUCCUUUUUGUCUGGGCGUUCACCUCUGUCUAUUGCAUGCUCUGGUUUUUCUUACUGGAUCUUAAGAGGGAAGUCUACAAAGAAGCCACGGUAGUGUCUUGUGGGUAUAAAGUGUCUCGGAGUUACUACUCUCCAAUUUAUAUGAUGGACUUUGGGAUAUUCUAUGUCAUGCCAAUGAUCUUAGCAACUGUCCUCUAUGGGUUGAUUGCUAGAAUUUUGUUUCUGAGCCCAAUUUCAUCUGACUCUAAAGAAAACUCAGCAACAUGGAAGAAUGAUUUGGUUCUCUCAAGCAAAACCAAAGCAACCAAUAAGAGCAUCAACAGUGCUGUGGCUUCAAGAAGACAGGU